AUGUCCUUCUCUCUCCGCGGUAAACAUGCCAUCGUGGUCGGAGGCACCGGUACGCUGGGCUUCCGUAUCGCGAGCGCACUUGCAGACCGCGGCUCUGUUGUAACCAUUAUGAGCCGUAACGCCGUUGACGAUCGUCAAGUCCUUGAGCCCAGACUCAAACCCUUUGAGCCUCUCCCAUACAGGGAGGACUUCGACGGUGGGAGACGCCCAACAGAGCACCAAUUUAAACGCCUGGAUGUUCAAAGGGGGGACAUUUUCAAGGGUCUAUUUCCCACUUUAGGCCCCGUUGAUGUCCUCGUCAACUGCGCUGGCGCCAGUCAAGCGUCAGCUCUCAAGAGGACCGGCGAAGAGGAUAUUCAACGGAUCCUUAACCUCAACCUCCGGGCGACUAUUCUCGCCUCUAAAUAUGCCAAAUUAACCAAUCAUGGAUGCAUCAUCAAUGUCUCAAGUCUCAUGGCUACCAAAAUGGGUGCUGGUGCUACAGUGUACGCCGCUUCGAAGGCUGGUGUCGUUGAACCUGCUGACUCCAUAUCGUCGCAGCUUUCACCCGUGCCCUAG